AUGCCGAUCCAGAAGGUGCACGCCCGUCAGAUCUUCGACUCUCGUGGCAACCCAACCGUUGAGGUGGAAAUCACCACCGAAGCUGGUGUCUUCCGCGCUGCGGUGCCCAGCGGCGCCUCCACGGGCGAGAAUGAGGCUUGUGAGUUGCGAGACGGUGGCAAGGACUACAUGGGCAAAGGUGUCUCGAAGGCAGUCGACAACGUGAAAUCCAAGAUCGCGCCCGCCCUCAUUGGCAAGGACCCGGCAGACCAGCAGGGCAUCGACAAGAUCAUGAUUGACUUGGAUGCCACGGAGAACAAGACGAACCUGGGAGCCAACGCCAUUCUAGGUGUGUCCAUGGCCUGCUGCCGCGCUGGCGCUGCGCAGAAGGGUCUUCCCCUCUUCAAGCACAUUAACGAGAUCGCGGGCAAGCCCCUCAUGUCCAUGCCUGUGCCGUGCUUCAACGUCAUUAACGGCGGUGUCCACGCCGGCAACUUCUUGGCUUUCCAGGAGUUCUUCCUGAUCCCCGUGGGUGCCAAGACCUUCGCGGAGGCCAUGAAGCUCGGCUCAGAGACCUACCACAACCUGAAGGGCAUCAUCAAGAAGAAGUAUGGCCUGGACUCCACGGCCGUGGGCGACGAGGGCGGCUUCGCCCCUGCUGUGGCGGACCCAGAGGAGGGCCUGAAGCUGCUGCUGGAAGCCAUCAGCCAGGCGGGCCACGAGGGCAAGAUCCU